UCGGCUUGUCAAUUUUUUUCUUGUGAGCUGUGAAAAAGUAAAAUAUUUACAAAUUAUUUUAUUUUUUUUAUUAAAAUCGAAAGCAAAAUGCUUGAAAAAAAGCCAGAAAAGAAACAAAAUGAUUCAAAACCCAGAGACGAUGGGGUUGAACUUGAAAAUCAAUUCAUUUUAAGAAUUCCAGAGGAGCCUGCAAAAAUACUACAUGAAGCUCUUCUAUCAGGCAACCUCAAAGAUCGGCUUGCCAUUAAAAUGGACAGCGACUUACGAUAUGGUGAAGUACGUUUCGAUCAUUGGCUACUACAUGCAAAGAUUGUUGAUUUGCCAACAAUUAUGGAAUGCCUCAAAACCAUCGAUAACAAGAGUUUUUAUAAAACUGCAGAUGUUUGCCAAAUUAUGAUUUGUAAAGAAGAACCCGAUGCUCCAGUUCCUGAAGAUGAAUCACCCAACAAAGCCAAAAAGAAGGAUCCCAACAAGGUUGACAAAAAGUUCCUCUGGCCACAUGGUAUAACGCCACCCUGUAAGAACAUACGUAAACGUCGCUUCCGCAAAACUCUCAAAAAGAAAUAUGUCGAAGCUCCAGAAAUUGAGAAAGAAGUAAAACGUUUACUUCGUGUCGACAACGAUGCAGUAAAUGUUAAGUAUGAGAUAAUCAAUGAAGACGAUGACAAGUCUGGUGGAAUGCUCAAUUCUAAAGAUCAAUCUACAGAUAACGAGGAAACACUCCAAGAUGAUAAAUUGCUUAACGACUCCAACAAGGACAUCAAUGUCGAAUCGGAUGGCGAAGAAGAAAGACCUUCGUCGAUGCCAAGCAAUAUGCGCGAUGUAGCCGAGCAUGAUAUUUUUGGUGAGGAAGUUUCCUCAUCAGAUGAUGAAGAUAGGCCUGUUAGACGCGACAUUGAAGAAACUUCUCGUCUAUCGGCUGAUGACAGUCGCAUGUCGGAAGAAUAUUCAAUGUCUGGAACUCAUAAUCAGAAGGAAAUUGUCACAGAGUUCAAUAAAUCCAUGUUUGGAAGCCCUAAAGAUCCUUCCAAAUCAUUCGGAGGCUCCAAUUCAAGUUUAGCCGGUCCAAGUGGUUUCUAUGAGGAACAAAAACGAAACGACUCCGACGAUGAAUAUUCAAAUGAGGCACAAAUGACACGAGAACAAAUAACUGCUAAAAUAUCCGAGUUACGUGGUCAAUGUGAUGACCUCAAGGUUCAACAAUCCCAGAAAUCUCAAGAGAUUUCAUCCAUUCAAAAUCCAACUUUGAAACAACGACUACAAGAAACCCUCGAGAAUUUAUUGAGUCAAAUUGUUGAAAAAGAAUUAGAAAUACAAGAUUAUCAAAACAUGCUCUAAAUUUAAAAAUUGCACUAUGUAAUUCAUUUUUUUGAUUGUUUAAA